AAAUAAAAGCACGAGUGACUCGCUUUGCAACUUGUAAAGGACAAAACACACACUACACAUCAUGCACUUCUCCUUCUCCACCGCAUUCUCCACUCUCUAGUGUUCCAUUUUUCUUAAACCUCAGACAUGGGAAGAGCUCCUUGUUGUGAGAAAGUAGGGUUGAAGAAGGGUAGGUGGACAUCGGAGGAAGAUGAGAUCUUGGCCAAAUACAUUCAGGCCAAUGGAGAAGGUUCUUGGAGGUCAAUGCCUAAGAAUGCAGGAUUAUUGAGGUGUGGAAAGAGUUGCAGGCUCAGAUGGAUUAACUAUUUGAGAGCUGACCUUAAGAGAGGAAACAUUUCUGCUGAAGAGGAGAACACCAUCGUCAAGUUGCACGCUUCUUUGGGUAACAGGUGGUCUUUGAUAGCUAGUCAUUUGCCAGGAAGAACAGACAACGAGAUCAAGAACUAUUGGAAUUCUCACCUGAGCAGGAAAUUUUACAGUUUCCCAAGGAUGGAGAACCAACAAGGUACAGGUGCUGUUGCAGGAACCAUUGAUACACCUAAAGUGGUGUGUAUUCCUCCCAAGCGAAAAGGUGGUAGAACGAGUCGUUGGGCAAUGAAGAAGAACAAAACCUACCUUCAAAAUGUCGACAGAACCAAACACAGUUUCUGUCAACGAAAUAGUACUGACAACACAGUUCCGAAGGCACCCACUCCAUCGGCGGAGAGAGAGGGUUUGUGGAACGACACUAGGGAGUCGAAGGCGGUGGAGUGCGACGUCGUAGAAGAGUUUAGAGAGGGUAGAAGGGAGGCUGAGGUAGAUGAAAAGUGUGAAAAAGAUGAAGACAUUUUAGGAGUGUGUGAAAUUGAGGGUGUUGAUGAGGGGAGUGAGGCGUUGAGUAUAAGUGACAUGUUGGAAAGUUGCUUGGUGGAAACGUGUGGGAUUUGGGACAUGACUGAGGAGAGAGAGAGCAACGACGUGGAAAUGGUGCCUGAUGGUGAUGCUGAAGUUGAUGCGUGUCCCAACAAAACGUCGUCGUCUGAUAGUAGCGUCAAUGACUCUUCGUGUUCUUCUUCCAUGGCCUUUGGCUUGGAUCAACACUGGGAUUGGGAGAGCAUGAUAGAGUUCAAUAACAUUGCUGAGUCCCAACUCGCUUCUCACAAUUUCGAUCAGAAAGAUGAACUGCUGACGUGGCUGUGGGAGGAUGAGGAUUGGAAAAGUCAUGACAACAAUUUGGGAGAGAUAGAUCUAAAGAUACAAAACGACGUCGUUGACUGGCUUCUCUCUUGAUUCCUCCACCUAUAUAUUAAAAUAGACCUAGCGUGUGCGUGAGCUUGUUUCUCCUUUUUCUCCUCUUUGCUUUUCCAAAUUUGUAUACCGGAGGGUUCCAAUCCAAAAACUUCCGACAUUUUGAACAAAUCUUGGUAUUUCCGUCACUUUGCAUGCCUAGUAGUUCCAAAUAUGGAUUUCAAUUUGUAAGGGUUACAAAUUUAUUUUAUUUUACAUAGUUAAUU